ACGCACCAUGCGAGUCCCGAUAUAUCCAGCAGACCACCCGAGACCCACCAUAACCAAAGUGUAUAAUUAGAUUUUUAUUAUAGAAAAAUAAAGAAUAUAAUAUGAACUUUUAUGGGCCCCAGAGAGGGGUAAGAAAAAUCUUUUAGUUUAAAAAAUCUAUACGGAGCAUACCGUGCGAGUCCCACUUACAAGUCAAAAGGACAUGCGAGUCCCGCCAGUUAUACAUGGCACACUCAGCAAACAAUAUGAGACCCAGCGAUGUUGCCACAACGCUGGGUCUCGUAUUGUUUGCCGAAUAUUUUAGGUACUUCCCCGGUUUGUAUAUUUCACCUCGAAUUUAACAGUUUUGUUUCAGCGGUUAUUUUAAUUCUUGUGAAUAGUAAGGGCGGACGUAAAAUAGUGAUUUUAGGCGCAAGGAUAAAUAUUAGGUACCUAUGGAAAAUAGAUAAAAAAAAUUUUGGAACUCGCGUUGGACGAAAAUAAUAAAAAAAAAGAUUAUUCAAAUGCAAAUAAGAUGGGGAAAUCUUAUUUUGGGCCGCCUAGCAAAACGAAACAAAAUGCGAAGAAAAAAACUGAGCUUUUAGAGCCCAAUGUAAAGAUCUUAUCGAACGUUAACCUUAAAGAAAAAAUUGAUAACUACUUGCAAACUAUAACAACUCCCUUUUUUUUUGAAUGUCAAGAAAAUAAAAUAGAUGAAUCAACAUUAUCUGAAAGUAAAAAUAACGUAGAGACUCCAUUUAAUAAGUAUGAUAAAGAAAAAAAACAGGACCAUUUAAAACCCAAAGCAAAUAUUUUACUGGAACCAGAUGUUAAACUUAAUGAUAACAUUGAUAACGACUCACAACCUUUAAACAAAACCUUGGAUUUAUAUGAAUUUCAAGAAAAUGAUUUAGAGGAAAAAGCAUCAAAAUCGCCUGAGUACGACAAGCUGGAAGAAAAAACUUACACUCCAUUAAAAGCUGUAAAUUUUGAUUGCUAUCCAAUUUUGACCAAAAUUGACACGAAUCUAAAUACUGACCAUAGAGACUAUGAAGACAAUGAAGACUUUAGCGAGUCACGUGACACAUCCUCAUAUGUACCCGAAACGGAAAUAGAGUCUGAGGGAGGGGAAGAGGAAACUAUUAUUCCAAUUUUUAAGACCAUAAACGUAACUUGCCCUGAAUCAACUUUAACAAAGGACGAACCCUCGGAAAAGCCCCAUAUUUCUAACAUCGAAACUAAUAAUUCCAUUGUUGCCCUUUCACAUAGAAAAAACAUAGUUUGGGAUAGAAAGAAUUUCUGUCCAAUUUGUUUCGUAGAAGUGAGUCAUUUUGCAAGACAUUUGGAAAGAAAUCAUGCUGACGAAAGUCGAGUAAAAAAGAUUUUAUCUUUUCCAAAAGUAUCUAAUGAAAGGAAAACCUUAUGGGAUUCUUUACGCAAGGAAGGAAAUUUUCAUUUGUUUAGAGAAGAAAAAAAAGUGGUGGCUGUUCGAAGGCCCACGGAAGCCCAAGCAUUAGACUUUGACGAUUUUGUUGUUUGCGAAAACUGUUCUGGGGUGUACAAAAAAAAAUUUCUAUAAGCAUGCUAAAAAAUGCCAAGAAAAACACACUGGUACAAAGUGUGGGCGA